UUGGAGGCGCGCCAUGGCGAGCAGAUGAAUUUCUACCACCUUCACAAAAUCUAGCUUGAUACAUAAACGCAUGCACGCGACAGCAACUCUGCCCGCCGCUCACUCACGCCCUGGACAUGUUGUGAGAGUGGAGGCUAUAUAUAACCACUGAGACCACACUUUUCCAGCCUACUAAGCGUUCUCGCAUAGCUCACGCACGGCUUUGGGACAGCGGAGUGUGAGGACCGACGACUGAAGAGGGCGCAACUUUGACAAGUCCCAAAAUAAAACUUUAGCGGGAGACCGCGACGUAGCCUACUGCAAACAACACCAGCCUUCUUUGGAGGAUGGAGAAAGAUGUCCCAGCCAAGCCGUCGGUGGCGGAACUGGCUGGAAAGUUCAAAGGUCACGCACAACCCAUCCCAACUGGAAAUGAAGGGAGUAAGCCUGUCAGGAGACGUCCUCCUCGAACCCUGCAGAUCUCCACCAGACCCCCGGGACAGGGGGAGGAGGAGGAGGUGAGAGGGGCUGGGGAGGAGGAGAAACCAGCCCUAACCAGCCCACUUCCUGCCAAGACGAAGAGAAACUCUGCUCUCAUUGAGAAACUUCAGGCUAACCUGGCCUUAUCCCCCACCAGCCUCCACCCCUCCCCUAAGAGCCCUGGGCUGAGGCUCCUGCCCCCGUCCUUCAUCCCCCCCUCCCCCUGCUCCAUCAGGCCCGUUACCACGACAACGCCAACCUCUCCGGGCGGCAUGGCGGGCCUCCCUCGGUCCGGGGGGGACGAGGAGCCCCCCGCCACCUUCCAGACCCCCGCCUCCCCCACGGAGGGAACCCUGCUGCCCAGCAUCAACAAGAGUAGAGCCCGUGUCUCCAUUCGUCGACGCCCACCCUCCCGGCGACACAGGAAGUCUAGCAGCGGAGAGGAAGUGGGCGGGGCCGAGGGAGAGGACACGCCCCUCUCUACCCCCGACGGUCCGGAAGAAGGGGGGAAGGGGGAGGAGGUGUUUAAAGGAGAGGAGGAGAAGGAGAAGAAGAAGGAGGAGGAGGAGAAGAAGGAGGAGGAGAAGAAAGAGGAGAAGAAGGAGGAGGAGGAAGGAGCUGAGGUCGUCUCUUCCUCCAGAGCCGACGCCAACGCGACAGACCCGGGCCCUGCACACCCUCACAGACCGACAGACCCAGCAGGGGAGAACCCAGGGGUGAAGACCUCCACAGAGCCUCAGGCAGAGGAGGCCCGGGGGGGGAGGGAGGAGGGGGAGAGAGGGGAGGAAGGAGGGGAGGGUCCGGGAGAGGAGGCUUCGCCCCAGGCUGGGCAGGUCCCUGGAGAGAGUGGGGAAGGGGCGCUGUGAGAUGGGGGUAAAGAAGACCCCCGAUGAAGAGAAGGAAGGCAAGGUGAUCUGAACGGUUAAAUAUCAACUCAUCAUUAAUUAAUGUUUCUCAAUAUCGUAGGGAGAGCUAUGGACUGUAUGCUAAGCUAUGCUGUGCUUAAAAGUAGCACAAAUCUAAUACGACAACUUAGAGGAAUGCUUUUUCGAGUGGUGUUUGUGUUCCUCUUCGAGUACCAUUGACCCCCUGGCCGCUUGUCGUCUCCACCACAGCAGACUGAAGACCUGACGGGAUCCUACUCACCCUGUCAUCCCCCUCCACCUCACCCUGUCAUCCCCCCUGUCACCUCAUCCUGUCACCCCGUCAUCCCCCCCCCACCUCACUCUGUCUCCCUAACCCUCCUCCUCACCCCUCCACCCCAGGAGAGCAGAGGGGCAGACUGGUGCUUGUGGCUGUCCAGGCCCCCUCCCAGGCCGCCUCUCAAGCCCCCUUUCAGCCCCCCUCUCAAGCCCCCUUUCAGCCCCCCUCUCAAGCCCCCCUCUCAUGCCCCCUCUCAGGCCCCCCUCUCCCUCUGGCCUCCCAGGAAACACACACAGCUCCGCAUGUUAGGACCCGGGGGACCCAAGACCUCCUCCAUCGAUCCUGUCUCUUUUUAUUUGUAUUCUUUUGUGUCUUAAGCAGAGUUCAGAUACAGUACUCGUGAUUAGACGUUCAUUUAAUCCACAUCUUAAGAUGUGACCUUGCAGGUCUGAAACAUGCCAGUUUGGAACUGGAAACCUUCACAACGGCAGACCCCAAACAGUCAAGUUGUAUUCUAGAAUAGUUUAAAAAUAUCUCUGGUAUCUAUGUGUCUGAACCAAACAUUAGCCUGUGUAUUUUUUUCCCUUCAUCUUUGGCCAAAAGGACUGUCAUUAUUUUGUUUGUGAACUGCUUUUUGAACUGCAUUUGAUCUAAUUGUUUCAGUCAUGUGACACUUCUCUGUACCACAUCCUUUGCUGGUCUAUUUAUUACAUAUGAUCUAUAUUCAGGAUUAUAGGAUUUAGUCAAACAUUUUACUGUAAGUGAAAGGCUUAUGAUUCACGUUUCACCAAAGUCGUAGUGUACUACAGUCUCCACAAGGCGGAAGUGUUGCGGCUUCUUCGCUGCCUCUACAGAUUCAGUCGUUAGUUUGAAAUUGUGCCAAAUACUAAUGGGCUUAAAUCACCUCAAUGUCGUUUUUCUUGCUGUGAAUUAGGCAGCUUGCUCUCACCCCGAGAGUAAUAGGAUUAUCAAGGACAUUGUCCAGUUUUUCUCAGUCAAUUUGGCAUUUUCACAAACUUUAUUUUGUUCUCAAUAUGGAUGUAACCAUCUUAACUAACUGCAAAUGUAGCGUCAGUUCAUCACACAACAGAUCACAAUAUGAUUGAUUGCACAUCAUUAAUGGUCUGCUGCAUCGAGAAAAGUAUGUGUAGAAGAUGUGCUGCGUGUGUACAGUUAACUUUAUUCUGAACACCUGUUCUCAUGGUGUUGAGAGCAUCAAACUUUGGUUGAAGGAAAAUGUCAAAUUGAUUGCUGCUCUGGCCUGUAAACAGGCUUUUUAAUCCACUGGAAAUGACCAGGGAUGGUUGUUUAAUGCUGGUAAUCUGGUUACCUUUUGUAUAAAAUUGUUGAAAAAGUAAAAUCCAACUUUAUCAACGAUUGCUUUGAAGUGAUUUUUUUUACUUCCUGUUCGCAAACUGCAAGGCCAAAUCUGUAUUUUUGUUGCAAGACUGGUUGAAAGAAAGAUGAUUUAGAGAUGGAAAAACCGUGCUGUCUUUACUGUAACUAAUGAUGUGUGAUAAAGUGAUUAUUUUGUAAUUGAUUGUAUCGUCAGCAAUACGACAAAUUGAAAUACAGACUGAUUCAAGAUAUA